CCUCCCGGCCGCUCCGCAGCGCCAGCUCGGCAGGCGCGGGGCGUGAGUCUGGAGUGAGACCCGCCAGGCUCCAACUCCGCAGCGCCGGAGCGCGGCGGGCAGCAACUUUCUACCCGGAGCGGCCGUGGCGGCGGCUGCUGCCGUGGCAGCAGGAGCCGGGAGGAGGAAGCGGCGGUCGUUGCUCCCGCCGGCUCGGGCUGUCUAGCUCGCCAAGACUGCCGGCCCGCGGAGCCUCGUCUUCCCGGGAAGCCCCGGCCCCUGCCUUAUGUCCCGCAAGGCGAGCGAGAAUGUGGAGUACACGCUGCGGAGCCUGAGCAGCCUCAUGGGCGAGCGGCGCAGGAAGCAGCAGGAGCCGGACGCGGCGAGCGCGGCGGGGGAGCGCAGCCUGCUGGCGGCCGCCGAGUCGAGCACCAGCCUGCAGAGCGCGGGCGCGGGCGGCGGCGGCGGCGUCGGGGACCUGGAGCGCGCGGCGCGGCGGCAGUUCCAGCAGGACGAGACCCCCGCCUUCGUGUACGUGGUGGCAGUCUUCUCCGCACUCGGCGGCUUCCUGUUUGGCUAUGACACCGGGGUGGUGUCCGGGGCCAUGCUGCUGCUCAAGCGGCAGCUCAGCCUGGACGCGCUGUGGCAGGAGCUGCUCGUGUCCAGCACGGUGGGGGCGGCCGCGGUCUCGGCGCUGGCCGGCGGCGCCCUCAACGGAGUUUUCGGCCGCCGCGCCGCCAUCCUCCUGGCCAGUGCCCUCUUCACUGCCGGCUCCGCGGUGCUGGCCGCGGCCAACAACAAGGAGACACUGCUCGCCGGCCGCCUGGUCGUGGGGCUCGGCAUCGGCAUUGCUUCUAUGACAGUGCCAGUUUACAUCGCGGAGGUCUCACCACCCAACCUGAGAGGCCGACUAGUCACCGUUAACACCCUCUUCAUCACAGGAGGGCAGUUCUUUGCAAGUGUUAUUGAUGGAGCCUUCAGUUAUCUCCAAAAGGACGGAUGGAGGUACAUGUUGGGACUUGCGGCAAUUCCAGCCAUCAUACAGUUUUUUGGCUUUCUCUUUCUGCCUGAAAGUCCUCGAUGGCUUAUUCAGAAAGGACAAACUCAGAAGGCCCGAAGAAUUUUAUCUCAGAUGCGCGGUAACCAGACCAUUGAUGAGGAAUAUGAUAGCAUCAAAAACAACAUUGAAGAAGAGGAAAAAGAGGUUGGCUCAGCCGGACCUGUGAUCUGCAGAAUGCUGAGUUAUCCCCCAACUCGCCGAGCUUUAAUUGUGGGUUGUGGCCUGCAAAUGUUCCAACAGCUCUCAGGCAUUAACACCAUCAUGUACUACAGUGCAACCAUUCUGCAGAUGUCUGGUGUUGAAGAUGACAGAAUUGCAAUAUGGCUGGCUUCAGUUACAGCCUUCACAAAUUUCAUUUUCACACUCGUGGGAGUCUGGCUUGUUGAGAAAGUGGGCCGCAGAAAGCUUACCUUUGGUAGUUUAGCAGGUACCACCAUAGCACUCAUUAUUCUUGCCCUGGGAUUUCUGCUAUCGGCACAAGUUUCCCCACACAUCACUUUUAAACCAGGAGCUCCGUCAGGUCAGAACACUACAUGCUCAAGAUACAGUUACUGUAAUGAAUGUAUGUUAGAUCCAGACUGCGGUUUCUGCUACAAGAUGAAUACAUCAACUGUCACUGACUCCUCCUGUGUCCCUGUUAGUGAAGAGUCUACAAAUAAGGCAGCAUGGGGCAGGUGUGAAAAUGAAACCAAGUUCAAAACCGAAGACAUAUUCUGGGCUUACAAUUUCUGCCCUACGCCGUAUUCCUGGACUGCUCUUCUGGCCCUUAUUUUAUAUCUUGUUUUCUUUGCACCUGGAAUGGGACCAAUGCCUUGGACUGUGAAUUCUGAAAUAUAUCCCCUUUGGGCAAGAAGUACAGGAAAUGCCUGUUCAUCUGGAAUAAACUGGAUUUUCAAUGUUCUGGUUUCAUUAACAUUUUUACACACAGCAGAGUAUCUUACAUACUAUGGAGCCUUCUUCCUCUAUGCUGGAUUCGCUUCUGUGGGACUCCUUUUCAUCUAUGGCUGUCUUCCUGAGACCCAAGGGAAAAAAUUAGAGGAAAUUGAAACACUCUUUGACAACAGGCUAUGCACGUGUGGUGCUUCAGAUUCUGAUGAAGGGAGAUACAUUGAAUAUAUUCGGGUGAAGGGAAGUAACUAUCAUCUUUCUGACAAUGAUGCUUCUGAUGUGGAAUAAUUUUCAACUACUGAUAUAGUUAUUUAAACAAACUUGGGGGAGAAGAACAGCAAAUUGAUGACCUCACUGCCCUGCUUCUAAUCUGGUUCUUUCUACGGUCUAGUUUUGAAUGACUUCAUAUUCUAGAAUACUUGAUUAGGAAGAAGAUAUAAUCGUGAUUAUAUGUCAUCAUAUAAUCAUGAUGACACUUUUUUUCAUGAGCAGGUAUAUAAAAAUAUAUAUAUUUACAGAGAUUUUAAUCUAAUAGUUCUUGAGCAAAUGUGUGUAAUCCCCUACUGAGAUAGUCUAAAAUGAAUACUGUACCCAGUGACUUAAGUGUUAUCCUUUUCUAAGACCAUAUAUAAUUUUAGCGGCAAUAGAGUGAGUACUUAUCUCAACCAAAUUAUAUAUGUAUGUUUAUAAAGAAUUCUUUCAUAUGACAUUCUCCACAUGAAAAUGAACAUUCUGGGAGAUGUUCCAAUGGUGUUCCAUGUCAAAAUGUGGCCUACUGGCCCUAAAUUUUCCUAAGAGUAGUGACUUAUCUGGAUCAGCUUUUAGAAAGUAAAUUCCAUUUAAGCUUUCAUCAGCCAAAUCAAAAAUGCUUCCUACAAGGGCACAGCUGUCCUCUUCUUUGGAUUCCACAUGUUGAUUUCUCUCAAUUCAGAUAUUAAAGAAUUCUUCAGAUACUUAUUCUGCACAGGAUCUUAUGAAUGUAUCAAAAGCAGGUCUUUUAGGAGUUAUUAACAUACCUAUUUUUUGCAUCAGUUAUACAUAUAAGUAAUCAUUUGCACAGAUAAACUAGCCAGUUUUGAUAAGUACAUUUCAUUGUCAGAAAAUAACAAAGAAAAGAUUUUUAUGGAUUCCUGAUUGGUUAGUCACUUAGGUCUGCAACUAUAAAUGCAAAAUAGUGCCAGAUAUUUAACUUCUAUAUAUCAGGGUCAGUUUUUGUUCAUGCCAAAAUCACCACACCUUCCUCGUUGGCUCUGGAGUCCUAAUUUGUGCCUUCAUUUGUGUUAUAUAUAUAGCUGCAUGGUCAAAAAAUAAUUUCAGAAACAAAAAAGAGGAAGGAAAGUGGUGGCAGAAAUAAUCCUGCUGUUACUGAUAUCCGUUAAAUUAAAAUAAUGGGACUUAUUUUUUCUUAACAUUUUAUUAACUAUUCCUAAGAGAACUGUCACAUUUUAUUACUUUAUUCCUUUUUACUCUAAGAACAUAACCAGCAUUAUUUGCACAUCUUUUCUCAUUUCCCUGAUAAUUUACCACACACAUACACACAAAAAGGUACGUAGAUUUCUCUGAGUGUUUUCUUUUUCUCAUUCUUGGCUUUAGCUUUUUUCCUUCUUGUCAAAAGAUUGAGUCCUCUAUUAGAACAGAUUAAUGUUUCUAAUAUAGCAUAUCUUAAGAAAUGCUGACCUACAUUUCUAGAGUAUCUUUCCAUGAUUUUUAUGGUCAUUCAUCACUGAAGUAUUAAUUUUUGGUCUUCAGUUAAUAGUUGUAUACUAUGUACAAAAUUACUUGCUAGUUGCAGUCAAAAUAUGAAUGAAUCUCCUGUGGCCAGUUAGGAAUGCAGCACUUUGAUGCAUUUUCAAAUGGCUCUAAACAUAUGAGAAGGGAGUAGAUAUCUUUAAAUUUCAAGGUCUAGCUUGUUCUUACCACAAUUAUCAAAUAAGAAUAUAGCCAUGGAAGUUCAUUCUCUAAGUCACUAGAGGUACAAUAUGUGCUUAACUAGUCACAUUAGUGCCCUAAAAAUCCUUCAAUACCCCCCCCAAAAAAAGUAUUCUCCCUUUGGUCAUUUAAUAUAAUAAAAAAAUUUACUAUUUUAGAGUUCCUUGAAUUAGGUGCUUUGACAGUUGUUUUCAAGGGGAUAUUAUAUCGAUUUUUCUCCAGAAAAGCAGAUUUGAUUUAAUAGAGAAAAUUGUCAUUCUACUGAUAUUUCUUAUCCCAUAAGAAAAUUACCUGUGUAUUUUACACAGCUAAAGUGAAGUGAAAAAUGAGCUUUUAUGUGGUAUAAUCGGAAUAUGUUGGGAAGAAAAAACAUUUAAACCAAUAAAGUGCUCUCUAAAAAUUUAUUUUUCUGGUUCACCCAAAUAAUUGCCUCAAUUCUUCUCUUUUUUGUAUACAUAGCCUUAACUAUACACUUAUAUACUCAGCUGGGCUGAUGCACAGUAACUUUAUUAAAGAACCAACUAGACUCUUAAAUUAUUUCCUAAAGCAGAACAUGGCCUGUUCUCCCUGACACUAAAAAAAAGAAAAAGGAAGAUGUUUUCAACUUUAUAUCCAUAAAUGCACAUAGUAACAGGGAAAAUUAGCCACUGUUCCCCUCCCCUAUUCUCCUCAGCCCCUAUUUUAAAGGACUAUUUGUUAUUUAGUGAUAAAGAAAAUAUUCCAUAUCUUUGAAGUAUAAGACAGAGAGACACAGUAUAAGAAUUAUUUAUAACUUUUUAGAAACAAAUAACUACUUGAAAAGGAACCUUAUACAAUUAGGGUAUUAUUUUUAGAUUUGGUGAACAUUUAUAGUAUAUUAAAAAUUAAAUGUUUAAAUUUUACAGGUUUUUUUUAAUAUUAUGCACCUUUUAAGUUCUCAGCGUCUUUGGCUAACACUAUUAACUUGAAAACAUUCCAUCAGAAAUAUCAUCAAAUAUAUAUUUUGUAGGACAGUUUAUAUAAGAUGUGAUUUGACCAUAUCAAAACAGACAUAGAUUUAAGCUUCAUGCUUUCAACUGAAAUUAUAGGUUUCCUUUUAAACAUGCUGCAGAUUCAAUAGAGGUAUAUUAUAUUUUAGGACAACAUAGUGAAGAUAGUCCUAACACCUACUGAGGCUUAGCUGGAUGGCCGAUAUGCACUAGACUUAAAGAGAAUAUGCUACUUUGCAUAGAAAAACAUAAGGCUGAAUGUGAUGUCAAAAAGAUUUGCUGUUUAUAUAUUUUGUUCAGUGUAACUAAACAUUCCUAAUUAUUUUGAUUGUUAUACUUACUCAUUACUCAAAACAUGAUUAUUUUUAAUAUAUGUAGAAGAUCUAAAUAAGAAAAGGUAAUGUUUCCACUUUAAGUUUUGUUUCCAGCCAUAUACAGUAAUUAGUUCCUUGAAAGAAAAAAACGCUAUGAGAAUAAUGCUUCCAAGUGCUUUUUCAUAAUUUAAUUUUACCACUGAACCAUAUUUUAGUACACAAGCAUGUUCCAAAUAUUUUUUCAGUAUUCUCGCUCUAAAAUGGGAAAUUGAUGAAAGCAAGGGAGUUAUAAAUUUUUUACUGUAAUUUCAGUAUCUUAUACAGAUGACCAAGAAAAAUAUAAGAUGGCAACUUACCCUUCUGCUUUUAAAUAGUAAAGUAAAAAAUUGAAAAUGUAUUAUAAUAACCCACAGAUCCAGAAGGUUGUGGAAUAUUUUAAAAAACUCUAGCCAUGUGUUUAUCUAACAUAGUCACAGUAUAUAUUUUAAUGACACUAAUAUAGUUCAUAGAUACUGUAAUACAGUGAGGAGAGGUAGAGGAUUAUUUUGAUUUAAUCAAUAUAAUUAAAAAUAAAAUGAGAUGUUUUGUUAUAAUCAGAUUUUUUUAACAUUUUCCAAGUUAUAAAAUAUUAAAUUGUACAAAAAAUAAAAUAAAAUAUUAAAUUAUACUAAAUACCUAACUUACUUUUAGUCAGUUGAUGUGACAAGUUUUCAGUUAAGACCCUUUCCUAGUUAUGAACAACAGAAUUAGAUGACAUACCAGGCCAGGAGCAGAGAAUUCAUAAUAUGUGCUUCAUAGAAAAAUGUGUUAAAUUGUGGGUAAAAUUUAUAGUUCAUAUGUAACAGCUGCUGGUAAGUCAGAAUUGUUCUCUGUGUUAAUUUUAUCGUCCUGUUUCCUAUCUCAUUUAUCAAUCUUGCUAGCCUCAUGUACAAUAAAUGUUAAGCUAAUUUGAUGAAGUGGUUCAGGUUGUAACAGUGUAUAAAUUGUCAGUACAUUCAAUUCUUCUAGGUAAGCAAUAUUGCUGCUAUUUUCUAGAAACAGCAAUCAUUUAAAAAUGCCAAACAUCUGACUGCUACCAACUCUUUCUUGUAUAUUGUCUCUUUAAAGAAGGAAAUAUUUCUGUGCCAAUAAUGAUCAGAGAGAUGUUUUGUAAAAGUAUUGAUGUUCAGAAGUUCUUGAAAGUAUUUUUUAUCCUUAUACUUUGCUUGUGAGUGUAAAAUAUAAUUUCUAUAAAUCUUUAUAUGUAUAAAUAUAGUCUGUUGUACUUGAGUAAUUUGAUGUAUGAAAUUUUAAAUACUCUCCUUUAGCAGUAAUAUUCAGAUUUUUAUUUUAGAAACUAAGUUCAUCGUUUGAUUUUAUCAUAUUAAUAUAAAUAAGAAAGAGAAGUGGAGCAUCCAGCAGCUAACUAGUACUUAAAAUUAAAAGCCAAUAUUUUGUAAAGUUUUAAAAUUUUAGCAAAUUUAACAUUAUUCUGUCUUAUGAAAAGGUUUAAAAAGAUGAGAUUUAACUCUAGCCAAAAUAGAAAUUUAUAUUCUACAUGUCCAAUCUCCAUUGAUGUUAUAGUAGCUUUUACUUGUAAUAAAUGUUCAAAUUUCUAUUUAGAAGCUCUAAUGUACAUCUAGAUUAAAUCAAAACACAGUUUUAUGCUUUUAAAAUAUAUGUAUUUCAAACUGUAUAUUUAAUUUCUGAAUGCAUGUUAUAUAGUGUUUAAUACUUCAGAUGUCUUGGUAAAUUCAAUAUAAAUAUUUAUUCUUAGAAGUGACAUAUGGGAUUAUCUCCUAAAAAUUAUGAAUAUGUAUCAUUUCCUUCAACGUCAUCUUAGCCUAUGCUGUAUCAAAAGUAUUGUAUAUUUUAUGGAGAUUUAGUGAUAUACAUGUAAAUGUUUUUUAAGUUAUUUUAUUGAAGUUCAAUCUUUACAUAAAAUUAAAAUCUUUUUUUUAAGUGUCAGUGCCAGAACUGUAAAUGAAAAUAAUCAAAUAAAAGUUAAAAUAAUUCAUUA